UGGGUUGGAGGGAGCAUGGUGGUGUACCCACGGUGGCAGCUCAGCCUCCUAGUGGAACGAUGCAUGAGUACCAUGCAGGAGGGGACCCAGAUGGUGAAACUCCGCGGCAGCUCCAAGGGUCUAGUCCGCUUCUACUACCUGGAUGAGCACCGUUCCUGCCUCCGCUGGCGGCCCUCACGCAAGAAUGAGAAGGCCAAAAUCUCCAUCGACUCCAUCCAGGAGGUGAGUGAGGGGCGGCAGUCCGAGAUCUUCCAGCGCUACCCAGACAGCAGCUUCGACCCUAACUGCUGUUUCAGCAUCUACUAUGGCAACCACCGUGAGUCGCUGGACCUGGUCUCACCCAGUGGUGAUGAGGCACGUACCUGGGUCACUGGCUUGCGUUACCUCAUGGCUGGUAUCAGUGAUGAGGACAGCCUGGCCCGCCGCCAGCGUACCAGGGACCAGUGGCUGAAGCAGACAUUUGAUGAGGCUGACAAGAACGGAGAUGGCAGCCUGAGCAUCGGCGAGGUCCUGCAGCUGCUGCACAAACUCAACGUGAACCUGCCCCGACAGAGAGUAAAGCAGAUGUUCAGGGAAGCAGACACGGAUGACCGCCAGGGAACACUGGGCUUUGAGGAAUUCUGCGCCUUCUACAAGAUGAUGUCCACCCGCCGUGACCUCUACCUGCUCAUGCUGACCUACAGCAACCACAAGGACCACCUGGAAGCUUCCGACUUGCAGCGUUUCCUGGAGGUGGAACAGAAGAUGAAGGGUGUGACACUUGAGAGCUGCCGUGGCAUCAUCGAGCAGUUUGAGCCCUGCCCAGAAAACAAGAGCAAAGGGAUGCUGGGCAUUGAUGGCUUUACCAACUACACACGGAGCCCUGCUGGCGACAUCUUCAACCCCGAGCACCACAGUGUACACCAAGACAUGACGCGGCCACUGAGUCACUACUUUAUCACCUCGUCCCAUAACACCUACCUCGUGGGUGACCAACUCAUGUCCCAGUCUCGGGUGGACAUGUACGCCUGGGUCCUACAGGCCGGCUGCCGCUGUGUGGAGGUGGACUGCUGGGAUGGGCCAGACGGGGAGCCUAUUGUCCAUCAUGGCUACACUCUGACCUCCAAGAUCCUCUUCAAAGAUGUCAUCGAAACCAUCAACAAAUUUGCCUUCAUCAAGAAUGAAUACCCAGUGAUCCUGUCCAUUGAGAACCACUGUAGUGUUGUCCAGCAAAAGAAGAUGGCCCAGUAUCUGACCGACAUCCUUGGGGACAAGCUAGACCUGUCAUCUGUGAGCAGUGAGGACGCCACCAUGCUUCCUUCUCCACAGAUGCUCAAAGGCAAGAUCCUGGUGAAGGGGAAGAAGCUUCCAGCCAACAUCAGCGAGGAUGCGGAGGAAGGCGAGGUGUCUGACGAGGACAGUGCAGAGGAGAUCGAUGAUGACUGCAAGCUCCUCAAUGGGGAUGCCUCCACCAAUCGGAAGCGUGUGGAAAACAUCGCUAAGAAGAAGCUGGAUUCUCUAAUCAAGGAGUCAAAGAUCCGUGACUGUGAAGACCCCAACGACUUCUCUGUCUCCACACUGCCCCCGUCUGGAAAGCCUGGGCACAAAGCAGAGGCCAAAAAGGGUCAGAGCAAGGCUGAGGAGGGCGUGGAGUCCGGGGAGGAGGCUGGGGCCAGCAGUCGGAACAACCGUCUUCUUAUGAGCAGCUUCUCCAAGCGCAAGAAAAAGGGCAGCAAACUAAAGAAGGCGGCCAGGGGAGGGGACGAGGACCUGGACUCCCCAGGAAGCCAGAGCCGAGGGACAGCCCGGCAGAAGAAGACCAUGAAGCUGUCACGGGCCCUCUCAGACCUGGUGAAAUACACCAAGUCUGUGGGCAUUCACGACGUGGAGACAGAGGUGGCAUCCAGCUGGCAGGUGUCAUCCUUCAGUGAGACUAAGGCCCACCAGAUCCUGCAGCAGAAGCCAGCACAGUACCUGCGCUUCAACCAGCACCAGCUCUCCCGUAUCUACCCCUCCUCCUACCGAGUGGACUCCAGCAACUACAACCCGCAGCCCUUCUGGAAUGCUGGCUGUCAGAUGGUUGCCCUGAACUAUCAGUCAGAGGGGCGGAUGCUGCAGCUAAACCGGGCCAAGUUCAGUGCCAAUGGCAGCUGUGGCUACGUGCUCAAGCCCCCAUGCAUGUGCCAGGGCGUCUUCAAUCCCCACUCUGAGGACCCCCUGCCUGGGCAGCUCAAGAAGCAGCUGGCCCUGAGGAUCAUCAGUGGGCAACAGCUGCCCAAGCCGAAGGACUCGAUGCUGGGCGACCGUGGGGAGAUCAUUGACCCCUUCGUGGAGGUGGAGGUCAUCGGGCUCCCCGUGGACUGCAGCAAGGAGCAAACUCGAGUGGUGGACGACAAUGGAUUCAACCCCAUGUGGGAGGAGACCCUGGUGUUCACUGUGCACAUGCCUGAAAUCGCACUCGUUCGCUUCCUUGUCUGGGACCAUGAUCCCAUUGGGCGUGACUUCAUUGGCCAGAGGACACUAGCCUUCAGCAGUAUGAUGCCAGGCUAUCGGCAUGUGUACCUGGAAGGGAUGGAAGAGGCCUCCAUCUUUGUGCAUGUGGCUGUCAGUGACAUCAGCGGUAAGGUCAAACAGGUUCUGGGCCUAAAAAGCCUCUUCCUCCGUGGCCCAAAGCCAGGCUCGCUGGACAGUCAUGCUGCUGGGCAGCUCCCACCCCGGCCCUCCGUUAGUCAGAGGCUCCUGCGGCGCACGGCCAGCGCCCCAACCAAGAGCCAGAAGCCAGGCCGAAAGGGCUUCCCGGAGCUGGCCCUGGGCACGCAGGACGCAGGCUUGGAGGGGGCAGCUGAUGAUGUGGCACCCCCCAGCCCCAGCCCGGCUCCAGAGGCCCUGGCUCACAAAGGAUCCGGAGGCAGCAGUCCCAGAGAUACCCGCCUCUUCCCCAUGCAGCGGCCCAUCUCCCCCCUGUGCAGCCUGGAAACCAUUGCUGAGGAGCCGGCCCUGUGCCCUGGCCUCCUACCCCAGGGGGUCUCUCCCGCAAGCCCUUCCCAGGAGGGGCGGCAGUGCCCUGCAGGACCUGGAAGCAAAGUGGCUGCUCCUCCACAGUCAGCUCUGGGAGCUUCUGGGCCCCUCCAGCUCAAGACUGGGGGCCACGGGGACAAUGAAGAGCCCCCUCAAAAGCUGCACAAUGGUGGGGGCCCUAGUGGGGCAUGUGAGGGGGUCCCUGGGAGCCAGCCAGACAGCAAGAGCCACCCCCAGGCCCUGGGCCAUCUGCCCGUAGUUAGAAGGGCCAAGAGUGAGGGCCAGGUGCCCUUGGAACCCGUGGGCACAUGGCGGCUCCUGGCUGGGCCCUCCCCUACCCCUGCCGUGUACUCGGACGCCACGGGCAGCGACCGGUUAUGGCAGCGGCUGGAGCCGGGUAGCCACCGCGACAGCGUGUCCUCGUCCUCCAGCAUGUCAUCCAGCGACACUGUCAUUGACCUCUCCCUUCCAAGCCUGGGUCUGGGCCGCAGUCGUGAGAGCCUCGCAGGGGUCCCGCUCGGAUGUCUGUCCCCGUGGUCCUGCUCAGCCUCAGCUGUCCGCCCAGACCCGCCUCCUGUGACCAAGAGCAAAUCAAACCCUAACCUGCGGGCCGUGAGCCAGCUGCCUCCCGUACCUGAUGAGCUGAGGCCCAGGCCCCUGGCCCCUCAGCCACCCGGCCUCCACACCCGGCCCCCCUGGCGUCGCCUCACCGUGGUGGGCCUGCAGGACUGCCCAGUGACAGCCAAGUCCAAGAGCUUGGGGGACCUGACUGCUGAUGACUUUGGUCCUCGCUUUCAGAGCAGCUCCCACAGCCUGGGCCCCCUGGGUGCUGCGCGGCAGGCAGUGGGGCCAGGGGCCCGGCAGGACACCCUGACAGAGCAGCUGCGCUGGCUCACGGGCUUCCAGGAGGCUGGGGACAUCACCUCGCCCACCAGCCUGGGCCCCGCCGGGGAGGGGGCCGUGGGGGGCCCCGCCUUCCUGAGACGCUCUUCCUCCCGCAGCCAGAGCCGGGUCCGGGCCAUUGCCAGCCGGGCCCGUCAGGCCCAGGAGCGGCAGCAGCGGCUGCGAGGCCUGGGUCCACAGGGACCCCCAGAGGAGGAGCGGGGCACCCCAGAGGGCGCCUGCUCUGCGGGCCACGAAAGCUGUGUGGACCGACCAGUCCCUUCCAAGGGAGCCCCUGAGCUGACCUGUGGUGCUGUCGAUGGCCUGCUGCUACGGCUCUGAGCCCGCCCUGCUCUGUCCACCCUCCUCUGUGGGUCGUGUCCCCUCCGCCAUCCUGUGGCUGCUAGCUGGGGUGGCCCCGGAAGCAGUCUUGCGGGGAGUUGGGGGGAGGCAGUCUUUGCUCAGGAAAUGGAGCGACUGGGUCCCCAAAGCUGUUGUCCCCACUCGCUCUCUGUGAGGUGCUCACAGCCUGCUCCUUGGGCCUGGCGUCCUCUUGUCACCUGUCCCCCCUGCCCAGGGCUCACGGAAGACAGCCCAGGAGACCUUCUCUACAACUUUUAAGAUCGAUACAUGGAGAUUUAGAUUUUUAGAGGCAAAACUUACACAAUGUUGAAGUGAUACUGAGUCCUUCCUACUAUUCCGUCCACCCCCACGGGUGUGCGAUGAGCCCACUUCCCCUUGGGUCUCCAGCCUGAUGUGCACCUGUCCCAAGGAAUGCCUUGACAUGCCCAGUCGCAGGGAUGUUUGUCCCUGUCCUCACCCGAACUGUACACUUGAUUUGUUCUUACCUGGACAUUUUAAAGAGUAUAAACCAACACAACUCCAAUAAAUGCAUUCAUGUCUGCUCCUCCCCAUGUAGGACUGACCUGCUUGCUUCUGGGCCACGCCUCACUUCUCUGGGCCAGACCCCAGAAGGCUCAGAGAACAGGCCCCAGGGAAGACCUAGUGAGCCUGCUCCUCAAGGCAGCAGACCCUGGUGCUGAGCCCGGCCACUCAGCCAAAGGCCCCAGCCACGGGGCACUGUGCUCACACUGGGUCCUCAGAGCAUGUGGAUCUAGCCUGUCCCUCCCCUGGAAAGCUACAGUGCUGGCCAGGCCUUGGGGCUAUGCUGGGAUCUGGCUUCUGUCUCCCACCCAUGGGGAUCAGAGUGGCCCACUCUAUAGCCCAGGGAGUCCUGUGUCCUGCUACAUGUGAGACCUCAGCUUCUACUGUCCAUGAGCCUACUGUCAACUGAGAAAGCGCACCUUAUCCCUCUGGGGUAGGGACCCUUGGGAAGGUAGGCAUGGGGCACGAGAGCUGGGGUCCUCCGGGGAGGGCCUCUCUGCCCUGUCUUCCAAUGGGCAGGAAUUGUGCACAGUGACAGGGCCUAUGCGAGGUCAGGGUGGGGUGCCCACUUGGCACCUCUUGCCCUCCAGGGCUCCCUGGAUGAGCUUGGCAAGAUCCUCUGCCUCCUUGCACUUGGGGGCCACUUGCAUGUACAAACUAGCCUGAGAACAGAGGUGUAGUGAAGGGUGGGCUGGCUGCCCAGUGGUGUUACCAGGGAGGGAGCCCAGCCUGAGGGAUCUGAGCCCUUUGUGUGUGAUGUGUAUCAGUGAUACUGGUGAGCUUGCCUGGUGACCAAGGUCACAGCGAGAGGCGGGGCCAGUGCAGAGUAAGCGCACAUACCAGCCUCUGGCCUUGGUCUGUUCAGGGUACAAGGCAGCGACCAGAGCCUUUCUACUCCAACUGGGAAAAGGAUGGAGGUGACAAGAGGCACAUAGAGGGUGGGGUAUGGGGUAUGGGGGUCUACCUAGGGACACAAAGGGUAAUUCAUUCACGAGCUGAGCUCCUCCCUGCACAGGAAGGGUAUCUGAGGUGACCAUAGGCAGACCCUGUGGUGUUCGGAAGCCUGUGCUCAGAGCACUGAAGUCCAUCUCACCUCCUGAGUCCAGCCCCAGGCAGGUGGGAGAUCCAAGGACAUAGUGACUCCUAGGUGGGCCUGCAGCCAGCAUGAGCUGGGAAGUGGGACUAUCUCCCUUGUGUGGACAGCUCCAAGACCCAGCUGUGUUGAGACCUGUGGAAGGCAGGGCCAGAAGUUUCCCAUCAAAGCUGGGGCUGGGGGCAGCAGACUGACAGCUCAGUGCUGUAGGCAGCUGACCUGCCAACUCAAGGUCCCUGGGCUGGGCUGGAGGCAGGUGCAGCCUCUGCCCUGGGGCCCUCGGGAAGGAGAAGGUGGACCGUAGGCAACAGGACCAACCAGUAUGGCCUGGCUGCCUCCUGGCUGUGCAGUAUGUGGUGCCUGCUGCCCUCUAGUGGCCACCCUCGAGGGCCAGGGCUGGGAUCUACUGACCCACAGCUGCUCUUGGGUUGAAUCACAGCCACUUGCAGUGUGGAGGGGCACAAGGGUGGCGAGGUCCGGGACGUGUCACCAUGUAAGGGCUGGCAGGGCCCAUUCUGACUCCUAGGGUAGGUCACGCUGUGUCCCCUGGGCAACAGGUCAUGGCUCCAAGCAGGAGAAAGGGGUGGGGUGAGGCUGGAAGACCCGGCCUGGCUUACCUUGGGGUGGCUCCAGUGUGGCUACAGGCCGCACCACACAACUCUAUUCAGGUUACCCACAUCCACCUCCACGGUUCAGGACAGCAGGUGUUGGGGGGUCUCAGUGGAAAAUGAGGCACAGGUAGGGGACAGUCACUGCCACAAAAGGUAGGUAAUGCCCAGCUGGUCUUGCUUCACUCCUGGCCUGGUCUGUUUCCCAACUGGGGGUGCAAGGGCGGGGGGCUGGUGGCAGCAUGGCUUCCUUGAGGUCUGUCCCCAGACCAUUGAGCAGAGGCCUCUAUGCCAUCCCAUGUGCAUACGUGGCCCACCUGCCAAUGCAGCUCCAAGAUGGCUCUCAAUGAAACAUGGCUGACCAUGGCCUCACAUUCUCACACGGGAGAAGUAGCAGCUGAGGGAGAAGCCAGGGCUGUGGGGAGUCUUAGGCAUCUCAGUACUCCCAGGGCUGGGCUCAAGGCCACAGCAAAACACACAUGGGCUGCUGGGCUCUGCCCAGCUCCCUCCAAGAGCCUCUUAAGGCAGGACUGCUACUCAGCAGCUUGCGCCAUCCCUAGGAGCAGUGGGGACAGGAGGGGACACGGGCAGGCAAAUACACCAGUUUGCUACUUCUGGGUCAGGAGGCUGGAGUGAGAAACACAAGGACUUAGGGACAGUACUGGGAGUAUCUGGGGCCCAGCAGAGUUCCAGAGGGGCUGCAGAUGAAAGCGUGGAUCCUGUCUCCCUAGAGGAGUCAACUGAGAUGCACCAC